GUGCACCCGCUGCCGGCAGUGACAUGGGAAAGGACGUAAAAAUAAAAAUGAAAUAAUAAAAAAAGAAAAUAAGGUAGCUGUGCUGGGCGAGGGAACGGGAUCCUGCUCGCCCGGCGUGACCGGCCCCACGCAGGGAGCGGAUUCAUCAUGCGACAGAGCACGGGAAGCCCCGCGACUCGCGGCGCGGCUCCUGGCCGUGUCUCUGUUUCCUCCGGCCGGUGGGAGGCUGGCUCCGGUGCUGAAAGUUGCGGUCGCCGUCCCCGCGGAGCCAGCAUGUGCACCAACAUCGUGUACGAGUGGCUGAAGACCCUGCAGCUCCCCCAGUACGCCGAGUCCUUCGUCGACAACGGCUACGACGACCUGGAGGUGUGCAAGCAGAUCGGAGACCCGGACCUGGAUGCCAUCGGCGUGGCCGUGCCCCAGCACCGCCGCCGGAUCCACGAAGCCGUGCGGCGGCUCAAGGAGGCGGCCGAGACGGCGGCGGGGCUCUACUUCACCCUGGAGCCGCCGCCCGCGCCCCCCGACACCGGCCGCCCCCCGUCGGGGCCGGGGCUGGUGGCCCCCCGGCACCGCCCCGGCCGGGGGGGGCUGGUUGCUUACCCCCGGCUCAAGCUGAAGAUCAUGAUCCGUGACAAGCUCGUCCGCGACGGCAUCAACCUCAGCAAGCCCCCCUACUCCAACAAGGAUGGGUCACUGGGAAACAUUGAUGACCUUGCUCAGCAGUAUGCAGACUAUUACAACACCUGCUUCACGGAUGUGUGCGAGAGGAUGGAAGAGCUGCGCAAGCGGAGGGUUUCACAAGACCUUGAUGUGGAGAAACCUGAUGCCAGCCCCACAUCUCUACAGCUGAGAUCCCAAAUUGAGGAGUCACUGGGUCUCAGCAGCACCGCGUCAACACCAGACACUGAAAGAAAGCUCUCCAUUCAUAAAUCAAGUUCGGAAGAAGGCUCUGUAGGGAAAGCAGACUGGAAAAAGAAAAAUAAGUUUUUUUGGCAGAAUUUCCGAAAGAACCAGAAAGGACUAAUGAGGCAGACUUCCAAAGGAGAGGACGUCGGGUAUGUGGCCAGUGAGAUCACGAUGAGUGAUGAGGAACGGAUCCAGCUAAUGAUGAUGGUCAAAGAGAAGAUGAUCACUAUUGAGGAAGCACUUGCUAGGCUGAAGGAGUAUGAAGCCCAGCACAGGCAAUCAAGUACUGUAGAUACUACAGACUGGCCUGAUGGUUCUUACUCAACAUUUGAUGGGUCUUCCAAUUGUAAUUCAAGAGAACAAUCCGAUGAUGAAACAGAGGAGUCGGUGAAGUUUAAGAGGUUGCACAAGCUGGUAAAUUCUACUCGCAGAGUCAGGAAGAAACUCAUAAGAGUGGAAGAAAUGAAAAAACCCAGCACAGAAGGUGUGGAAGAGCACUCACUUGACAACUCGCCUAUACUGGAUGACAGAUCGGCACUUUACUCUGGAGUUCACAAGAAGCAAUUCUACUUCGAUGGCUCCUGUGAGAAGCAGCCAGAGGAUGACUCGGACUCACUUACUACUUCUCCCUCAUCUAGCAGUCUUGAUGCGUGGGGAGCCAACCGGAAGCUGGUGAAGACCUUCAGCAAAACUGAUAGCCGUGGCCUUAUCAAGCCUCCCAAGAAACUUGGGACAUUUUUCUCUUACCCAGAAGAGGAGAAGACCCAGAAAGUUUGCCGCUCCUUGACAGAUGGGGAAAUGAAGAAGAGCCUCGGCUCGCUGAGCCAUGGGGAUGAUUAUGAUAAACUGCACCUGUGCAUUCAGCCAAAACUGAGUCACUCAGGUGAUUGUGCCACUGCAAAUAUGACGUACUUUCUCCCAGAAGUAGCAGAGCUGCCAUGUGCCACCAGAGGUGUGAUGAGAACCUGCAGCUUUGGAGGAUUUGACUUGACAAAUCGUUCCCUUCAUAUCGGAAACAAUUCUGAACAAAUGGGCAAAGAAGGAGACUUUGUUUAUAAAGAAGUGAUCAAAUCACCCUCUGCCUCCCGUAUAUCUCUGGGCAAAAAGGUGAAAUCUGUAAAGGAAACCAUGAAGAAAAGGAUGUCUAAAAAAUACAGCAGCUCUCUGUCUGAGCAGGAGUCCAGCCCUGGGGUCAUGCCAGGUUCUCCGCAGUCACCGCCGCCAGACACUGACUCCCUGGACAAGCCCAAGCUGAAAGCUGGUGGCUCAGUAGAGAGCCUGAGGAGUUCCUUAAGUGGUCAGAGCUCAAUGAGUGGUCAGACAGUGAGCACAACGGAUUCCUCAACCAGCAACAGGGAGAGCGUAAAAUCGGAAGAUGGUGAUGAUGAAGAACCUCCUUACAGAGGACCUUUCUGUGGAAGAGCCAGGGUUCACACUGAUUUCACUCCAAGUCCCUAUGAUACAGACUCUCUGAAGCUCAAGAAAGGCGACAUCAUUGAUAUCAUCAGCAAACCCCCCAUGGGCACUUGGAUGGGCCUGCUGAACAACAAAGUCGGCACUUUCAAAUUUAUCUACGUGGAUGUGUUAAAUGAAGAGGAAGAGAAGCCAAAGCGGCCCACCAGGAGACGCCGGAAAAGCAGACCCCCACAACCCAAGUCAGUUGAGGAUCUCUUGGAUCGCAUCAACUUAAAGGAGCAUAUGCCCACUUUUCUGUUCAAUGGUUAUGAAGAUCUGGAUACCUUUAAGCUUUUAGAAGAAGAGGAUUUAGAUGAACUGAACAUCCGAGAUCCUGAGCACAGAGCUGUUCUCCUCACAGCCGUGGAACUUCUACAGGAGUAUGAUAGUAACAGUGACCAGUCAGGAUCUCAGGAGAAACUUCUCAUUGAAGGCCAAGGGCUUAGCGGAUGCUCUCCUCGGGAUUCGGGCUGCUACGAAAGCAGUGAAAACCUGGAGAAUGGUAAAACUCGAAGGACCUGUCAUCUGCCCUCAAAAUCAGCAAGUGAGCACAGCUUUAAGGACUUCAGCAGAAACCAGCUAUCAAAUUAUCCUACACUCCCACUGACCAAGUCAAUAGAAACUCUACAGCAAGGGGAAAAAGAAAGCCGGUUGAGUUGUUCACAUUGUGCUCUGAAGAGCUCUGUCAAACCUCCAGCUGUUACGGGUCUGAAGAAGAACCGUAGGAGUUUACCAGUUGCUGUCUGUCGGAGCUAUGAAACUCUGGAUGGCCCCCAGGGCGUGGAUACCUGGCCAAGAUCUCACUCCCUGGACGAUCUGCAGGGAGAAUCCAAUACCAACCUACAGGACACUAGCAAGAAAGAUUCUUUUCCUCAGGAUUCACUGGAUAUAGCAAAAAAGGCAACUGGAUCUGCCCUGCCACCUCAGCCUCAUGGGGGCAGUUGUAUGGUAGGUGACUUGAUGCCUAAACAAGGUAAGGGAGCUGCCAGUUCUCAGAAGGGAAGAGGUAAGGAGUUGGACUGCUCUGUAAUGGAAAGUGCAAGUGGAAAGCCUGUUCCGUUCCCCCUGAAAAACUGUGAAGCUCAGGCUGCCUUGGUGACACAUCCUGCAACAAGGACACCUCUUGAAAUACAGAAUAAGGGCUUUCAUGACCUUGCACGGGCUGAUUAUGCUCCGGUCCUCAAGGGCAGUCUAGAAGCUGAGCAAAAAGGCACAAAUGAGGCAAGAAUGCAACCAAAAAAUCCCUCUCAGCCACCACCUGUCCCUGCCAAAAAAUGCCGAGAACGCCUUUCUAAUGGAUUAUAUCAUCCUCCCGUGACCGCAAGCGGGAACCACUCAAGUCUAGAAGCACCGUGUUUGCCGGUGAAAAAGUCCAGCCCAUCUGCUCCUGUUGAUUUUCAUGGAGUCCCUGUCCAUAGGACAUCUUCUGAACAGGAGCCCAGUACUCCCCCUAGCCCACUGCCGCCCUGGCUGUCAGAGCUCCCAGAGACUGCUAGUGUUCAGCAGCACGUGAUAAAGCUAGGUCCUGCUUCGGCAAGGAAAGUCUCUUGUAGCAGGGGAAUGGAUCUGGAAAUGGUGAUAGAAAACAAGUUGCAGUCUGAAGACAUUGAUCUUACUGAAGAACCAUACUCAGACAAGCAUGGUCGCUGUGGCAUUCCUGAGGCUUUGGUACAGAGGUACUCGGAAGACUUAGACCAGCCUGUAAAGGAUGUCGCCGCAAACAUGGACCAAAUCCGGGUAAAGCAGCUGAGGAAGCAGCAUCGCAUGGCAAUUCCAAGUGGAGGGCUCACUGAAAUUUGCCGAAAACCUGUCUCCCCAGGACUUAUCACUUCUGUAUCUGACUGGCUGAUUUCCAUUGGCCUACCUAUGUAUUCCAGCCCGCUCACAGAAGCAGGAUUCAACACACUGAGCAAAGUGCCUUCUCUGUCACAAACUUACCUUCAAGAAGCUGGCAUCACAGAGGAAAGGCACAUAAGCAAGCUCCUGGCAGCAGCAAGACUCUUCAAACCUCUUGAUCCAGAGGCAAUUUAACGUGCUCCCUAGCAUGGCAUUGCCCGGUCAAGAACCCAUUGCUCCUUCCUGCACCGAUAUUGCCCUAAUUACUUCACAUAGCUAAAGGGAUCGAGGAAGUGGCUCCAAAGGACAGGCAGAUAUCUUCUUCAAAGGGUAUGAAAUGUUUCAAUUGCUGUCUUUGGCAACCGAAGGAGAAGAGAAGCAACCACCAGGUAACAUAGAUGUGGUACUUCCCUCCCCCCUCACUCCCUUGUAAAGUAUUAUUUCAUAAAGUGCAUAGGGCUGGCCUGGGAUCAGACAGUGUCACAGAAUUAAGGGACCCUUACAUAUUUUCCACAAGUUUGUGGAAGUGAUACUAAUAAUAGGCCCCAUUUCUAUGUAGAACCCCUUAGGUUGGGGGCCUUCUGUACACCUAGAUACCUGGAGUCAAUCCUACAGACCUUGUGCAAACCAAGGUGCAAGCCCCAGUAGAAGCUGUUUGGCAAAUGCCAUUUAUUUAGCAGUCUAGAGCUAAUCACAUACCCCUCUUCCCUGGUCAUCUUUGCCGUUGCUUGGUAUAGGUCCCAAUAUGCCACAAAGCCUUUAGCUAGGCCAAAGUCAAUGGACUGGAAUUAGUUUACAGUAUGGUCCAUUUCUGUCACUCCAAUGCAAUUAACCCAAGGAGAGUCAGAAAGCUUCUUUUAAUUUGUACAGAACUGAAGUCAUUUUUAUAACUGCUUUCUAGCAAUCUGCUUUUUAUUUGCCUUAAAACAAGCUUUUAAGCAGUUGCCUAAUGUUCACUUACCUGUAUUCAUGUUUCCCAAGCCUUUUUUCAACCUGUCACUCUUAAGCUGCAUUUAGGGUGAUAUCUAGCUGAAGUAGCUUCUAUAAAUUGCCUCAUCAUGACAUCUUAUGGGUUAUAGAGAUGCUUUUACAAAUGCAGGGUUAUGCUAGGUUUUGGUUGUGAGGCUAACUUCUUGUUCACUACGGUCUGCAUUUACUGUUCUUACUAAACAGUUCCAAGAUAUACUGCCUUGUAUAUAUGUAACUGCUUUUCAUUUUAAUCAUAUUCUGUGUACUGUGUUAUAUUGUCAAUCAUUAUGCUGCAGCUUUGACUUGGUAUCCUGACCAUAUCGAUUCCAAACAGUGGGUUUCUGCAAAUGAAAAAUCACUUGUGGGAGAUAAAAUGCAUCAAAAAAUCAAAUUGUAUCCCAUAGAAAUCAUGAGAUCCAGUAAUUUCAUUGCAUGGACAAAAAAUCCUAUAUAGUCUUAUGAAUUACACUGUGAUUUUAAAACAGUUGAUAUCCUUCAUGUCUGAGUGUUAAUGUUACCUCUCACUGGAAGACAGCAUUGUUCUGGCAUGUGUGGUGAAUCAUUUUUCAUGAUGUAGUAAUAUUUUUCUGCCUAAAUCCAUGUAAAACGUGCCAUUCAUAUAUGUGGCUAAUGACAGAUUUUAUUUUUCUAUAUGGGUACACAUUUAUAUACCAAAUACAGAUUAUCAUGAAUAGCGUAUAACUAUUUUUUUUUUCUUUGGAGUCUAUGUAUGGUGUAUCCUUUAGCUUCUUAUAGCACAAGUGCUCCACGGAAGACAGAGCAAGCUUUACUCUGGUAGGCAAAGUGAGAUGAAGAAACCUGGGCACAGGCCAGGAAGUGUGACUGUUUCCAUUAUCAGUUCUGAUGUCAACUUACUGUAUAAACCCAGACAAGUCACUUCACUGUGUGGUGCCUCAGUUAUCCCAGCCUCAUAUUGAGCUAAUAAUGCUUACUUGUCCUGAUGAAAUGCUCUCAGGUUGAUGAAUGAGAAGUUGUGCUUACUACACGAGUCCUUACUAUAUAUGGUCCUCACAUGGCCAAAUUUUAAGUCAGAUAUAUGCAUUUUACUACAGAUGACAAUUAAUUUGUCUCAUGGUGGAAUUGAUAGGUGUUAGGCUUACUUUCCUAGCUUUAGAGCUGUUGACUGCUGGUAUCAUCAGCUUUGCAUUCUGUCCCCAUCAGGAAUUACACCAUCAUGUGAAGGCAACUAAUUCACCGGUAUAACUUGAAAUUGUUUCAAACAAAGCUCAAAAAAUUCAAAAAAAAAGUGUAUAAUUGGUGUGUUCUAAUAUGGCAACAUCAGGAAACAUAACAGCAUAGAUGUUUCACACAGCUGGUGAAAUUAAAAAAAAAAAAAAAGACUUUUUAAUAAUAAUGAUUUGUCAUUUCCUCUCUGAGGUUUACAUGGCAACUAUCAGUAAGCAGGAGAUGAAAAGAGUAUUGAGACUUCCUGGGAUUACUGGCAGGGGCCAGAACUGAGGAAAAGUAAUUAGACAGCAGCUUCCUUGGAGCAAGGGAGAGCCCAAGCUGGCUAUAUGCAAUAAAAAAAGGAAACAUUUCUUCUUGUUACAGGGAAGGCAACUCACAUAAUAAAGCCCUCCCAUAUUAAUUACCUCCACUCUUUUAAUAACAGAAGAAAUACAGGAAUAAGCCAAACCUGUGUGCCAAACUCUCUUUGUAACUCCUUGUUUUUAAAUGAUUUUAUAGCCCAGGGAAACCAAAUCCCACCCAUCCAGGACUAGAGUGAGCAGUCUGAGGUGUGUGAGUUUUAGUAGUUGCUUUGCUUUCCUUUUUAAGACUGUGCUCUGUGGUCUUACUUGAAUUAUAAUUUUAGUUUAUAUUUUAAUCUAAAAAAGCCUUAAGCUUCUCAGUGUUUGAGCUUCCCUGCUGUGGUUUCAGUGACCCGUGGCAUUCCCCAAGCAGGUGAGGCGAUGCGGUGUGCAGCCAUAACACCUCUUACGUUUCCUCGCAGCCGUUCAGUGCUCUAAGCAAAAGUUCACUCUUUGCCUCUUGGGAAGCACAAAAGAAACCUGCCGCUGGAAUCCUAACCUGCUCUGCUCAGGCUAAUGAUGUUAAGCAUCUAUCCAUUGUGCUGUUGUAACUCAAAUAGCUAUUUAACAAUAGAAGCAGCAAGCCCCAAAUAUUGCAGAAUGCCGUCAUAACUAUGCGCUUCCAUCAGUAACCCUCUAUUACUACCCAGGUAGUCCUUGGGCUCUUCGAGGAGCCUGGCUUUAAAUGCAAACUGGGAGCACGAUCAGAAGCAUUAAACAUUGUGUUAUUCAAACAGGUCAUCAUCUCUAAGAGCAGCAACAGUGGUCGAUUCACCAAGUCACAGCUGUGCAGUUGUACUGUAUUAUUUUUAGAAUAAAUAAUACUUUUGGUCCAAGAUACUUUUAUCUUUAAUUGACACCCUCUGGGGAAUCAAAACUGUCAAGCAAGUUACGUAACAACUAACAAAGUUGCACUUUCUGUAUAUGAAAUCAAUAUUUAAAUAACUUAUUUUUCUCCAUUUGCUGUUCUUAAAUGAUGUAAGUAGCUGUAAUAUACCAGUACUCAAUAUGUCCUGCAGUUUGCUUCAACCCAAGAAAGCUGUGUAUUGUAAAGAAAAAAAAAGAAAAAAACAAAAUACGAAUGUGUAAAGAUUAUUGUGCUGUUUCAUUUAGCAAAAAAAAAAAAAAGGUUGACAAAAGGGUUUUCCUGUGUAUCAAAACUGUCUAUAAUUAUAUGUCAUAUGUUCAUAGAUAAAAAGUAAAUAAAUUUCCUUGGUCUCUCUC